AUGUCUUCAAGAAGGUCAUUGACAUUACAUGAAAUUGCUACAGUUCUUGAGGAAGAUGAUGAUUUUAGCAACCAGAGACAAGAUUUUGAUAUUUUUUUACUUCCACCUGACACCGCCAAUGAUUACCAAACUGACGAGGACUCGGGUGAAGAAGAUAACGUCAGCAUAAAUAAUUUGCCUGGAAGUUUGCUUCGAGCUCCAGCGGAGCUUGCUGCCUCAACCUCAAUGGAAAAACCAGAAACUGAGGACCAAACCCCUCCCGAAUUUCAAGAACCUUUAAAAAAACGUGUCAUGAAUUACAAUUGGCGAAAACGAGACUUGCAGCUAAGACCUAUUGUUUGGAAACCCCUUUAUCAUACUCCUAUUGAAAGAAGCCCGAUAGAAUGGUUUUCUUUAUUAUUUUCAGAAGAAGUAUUUGAGAUGCUUACUAUUGAAACCAAUAGAUACUUAGCACGUAAGCUUCUCUCUGCUGACGUCAAGAUUGAAGAGAUGAAAUGUUUGGUAGGGAUUUUGUUAGUCAGUGGCUACUGCCAAGUGAGCAGAAGAAGAAUGUACUGGGAAAAUGCAUCUGACUCAAGAAAUAGUUUGAUUGCUUCAGCCUUGUCUCGAGAUAGAUUUACACUAAUUUACUCUAAUAUUCAUGUUGCUGAUAAUCUAAAUUUAGAUACAUCCGAUAAAUUUGCAAAAGUUCGUCCUUUAUUAAAAGUUUUAACUAUGAGGUUUCUUGAGCACUGUCCACAUAAGGAGAAUCAUAGUGUUGAUGAGGCUAUGGUCCCAUAUUUUGGUCAUCACGGCUGCAAACAGUUUAUUAGAGGCAAGCCUAUAAGAUAUGGAUACAAAUUAUGGGUUGGUGCAACAUCAGGAGGUUACAUUGCAUGGUUUGAACCAUACCAAGGUGCUUCUACAUUUACGAAUGCCCAAUAUUCCCAGCUUGGUCUUGGUGCAAGUGUGGUUUUGUCUUAUGCAGAUCAACUAGCAACAUUAGGCUAUGGAAAAAACUACCAUCUCUUCAUAGAUAACUUUUUUACCGGUUUGCCUUUGGUUCAUGAACUUACUGAGAGGGGAUUUCGUGUAACUGGUACUAUCAGAGAAAAUAGAUCUGGAAAGUGCCCUCUAUUAAGUAACAAAGAAGCAAAGACAAAAGAAAGAGGCUUUUAUGAUUAUCGCAUAUCUGAUGAUAUUAUAAUUUGCAAGUGGCAUGACAAUAGUAUAGUGUCAGUAUGCUCUAAUGCAGUUGGUGUUGAUCCUGUCCACAAAACUGAACGCUAUUCUCAGCAACUAAAAAAGAAAAUAUCUGUUUCUCAACCUCAUCUCAUUCAACAAUACAAUAAAAAUAUGGGUGGAGUAGAUUUAUCAGAUCAGAAUAUAUCGUCAUUGCGAACUAGCAUUCGAGGAAAAAAGUGGUAUAUGCCUCUGAUUCUCCAUUGUAUAGACAUGUCUGUACAAAAUGCAUGGCUGCUGUACAGACAUAAUGGAGGGAAUAUCGACUUGCUAAACUUUCGACGUCGUAUUGCAAACUAUAUUAUCGAUUGUAAUAAACAACGCGAAAGGCCAGGUCCUAGUCGACCAUCUUCAAUAACAUCAGACUCUCGAUACGACGGCAAAGAACACUAUGUCAGCAAGCAGGAAAAGAGGACCAGGUGUGGCCUAUGCCACAAACAAUGUCCUACAAGAUGUGUCAAGUGCAAUAUCGGUGUCCACGUAGAGUGCUUUAUUAUGUAUCACACCAAAAAGUAA